UUCACCAACAAGACAUCAACAGCAUCAAGACAUCACAGAUCAACUGCUUUUACAAGACAAAGAUGGCCAGCAAACUUCUUCAGCCUCAUUCAGAGGAGUCGGAGGUGAGGAUUGUGCUCUUGGGAAAGACUGGAGUUGGGAAGAGUGCGUCAGGAAACACCAUCCUUGGGAGGGAUGAGUUCAAGUCUAAACGGUCUUCUGAAUCUGUGACAGGAAAGUCUGAGUGUAAGACCAGAGAGAUUGAUGGAAAGAAACUGGUUGUUGUUGAUACUCCAGGUCUGUUUCAUACACACAAAAAUCAGAAAGAUCUGCAGAAAGAGAUGCAACAAUGCAUUUUAUCAUUAACCCCCGGUCCUCAUGUGUUCAUAUUGGUGCUACAGACACAUGACUUCUUUCCAGAAGAUGAAGAAGUGUUAAAAAAAUUUAAGCAACUCUUCCAAAAUGCAGCAAAGCAUACUAUUGUCCUGUUCACCGAUUGUGGUAGUGAUGGUAAGGUUCAGGACUUCAUUAAAGACAACAAUGUUCUUAAAACGUUCAUCAAGGAGUCCUGUAAGGCAUAUCAUGCCUUCAACAAUAAAAGCGAGGAUAAGGAGUCCCAAGCUGCCGGCCUACUGGAGAAGAUCGACAACAUGGUCAAGGAAAAUGGAGGCUGCUACAGCAAUGAAAUGUUUGAAGAAGCUUUGGCUGCCUUAACAGAAGUAAUGAAAGAACCUGAGAUAAAAAAGAUCAAAAGUGAUCGCAUGGCAGUAUUGGCAUAUUUGGAGACCAAAAUCGUUGAGGGUCUAGAUAACAUAGAAAAAGAAUAUCCAGGUGUGAAACGUUUCCUUGAUAUUAUCAUAAACAAGGUGACUGAACUCAUGCCACCUGAAGGUAUCUGAUCUGAUUAGUCAGAGAUCAUCAAAGUCCUUAAAAACAGAACAGUGGUGAAAGGGUGUACAUUUUAUUUUUAACAGAAAGAAUCUUAAACAAUACACUGUUUUUUAAAUGCAGAACACGUGCAAAUACUUUAUUCAUCGUUUGUGGACAGUUGAUACAUGGAACAUUAUUCAAAAUUAUUGUUUGAGUGAAUAAUUGACAGUGUGACAUUGUAACAAAUUGAAUUGAUCUGUAAAGGCUUUGAUAGCCCUGAAAUUAUAUUGUUUAUAGAUAAUUUUAGCUCUGUGUUAUACAGUUAUCCUGAAGAACUAUUGACAUCUUCAUGUAUUUGCUUUUAUAUGUGGUGUUGGUUGUAUCACUGAUUACAUUUUUUAUUGUCUGAAUUAAAAAUCCAGGGUCAAUUUUAAUUCUCUGUGCAUCCCUGGUAUUUUAUGUUAAAUCAUACAAAUACAUUAAAGUUUGUCUAAUCAA